AUGACAGUAGCAGAAUAUGAAGCUAAGUUCACAGAGCUUGCGCGUUGCGCACCACAUAUGGUAGACACAGAGUAUAAGAAAGCCAGAAAGUUUGAAGGCGGUUUGGAUGUUGAGGUUCUUGAUCGAGUUAUUGUACGCAAACUAGAAAAAUAUGUUGAUGUUUUAGAUAGAUCCAUCAUAGCUGAGGCGAAUGUUGUCAUGCUAAGGCAAGCGAAGGCACCGGUGAUUGAAUGGAAUGGUAAAACGCCGGGGUCUAAUUUCAAGAAGGGUCGGAACAAUUUCAGCACUCCACCGAACAAAAGACAGAAUACAGGGUCAUCUACUAGCUCAAGCCAAGGGACUGAUACCCCCAUUUGCCCAGAGUGUGGAAAGAGACAUAAGAGAGUUUGUCGUAGAAUUUCGGGUGCAUGUUUCCGGUGUGGAAAAACAGGCCAUAUGAUCAAGGAUUGUCUUUUAAUAUCCCAGAGUGCAAGCCAGCCCAGGGCUAGUUCAGCUGCAUCUGUGUCAACACUGCGAGUAACUUUGAAAGUAGUUACAAGGAAGGAAACUCUAAAACAAGGACGGGUUUUUGCAUUGGUGUCGGGUGAUGUGCAGACUACAGAGACGGUUGUGUCAAGUAUUCUUCCUUUCUGUUCUCAGAAUGCACAUGUAUUAAUUGAUUCGGGGUCUACACAUUCUUUCGUGUCCUAUGUUUUUGCUCCAAAAUUACUUAGACCCUUGGAAGCAAUGGAAUAUGUAUUAGUUGUAACCUCUCCGGUGGGAGAAGCUAUGAUCUGUGCAUCCAUGUAUUCUGCGUGUGAGAUCAAUAUCGGAGACAUGAAUUUGUAUGUGGAUUUGUUACCUCUAGACAUUGCAUAUUUUGAUGUAAUCUUGGGGAUGGAUUGGUUAUCUAAAUAUUGUGCUACACUUGGUUGCUCAACCAAACAAAUUGUGUUUCGUUUACCUGAAAGGCCUGAAUUUAUAUUUAGUUAA